AUGGGUAAAGGUCGCCGCAUGAAGAAGCAAGGCCCUCCGGCUCCGCUGGAUGAGUCGAAAAUCUCGAUGCUCAAGAACCGCAAGGCCGCUGAGCCUCAGUCGAAGGCGGCGCCGGGCCAGAAGCGGAGAAGAGACGAUGUCGAAGAGGAGGCGCCCGUGAAGAAGAAGAAUGUGCAGAAGAAGACCAAUGGCGCUGCUAAUGGCAAGCCCGCUAAGACCCCCGAGCCCACGAAGAAGCCCGCCGCGAAGGAGAUGGAUUUCAUGGACUCGGACGACGAUGAGGCUUCGGCCGACGACAUGGAAGACCUUGAGGGAGGCGACGACGAAUUCGGUGAUUUGGACGGCAUCAGCGAGGGAUCGAUCGAUAGCCAGGAGGAGAUUGGCUCGGGCGAUGACGACUCCGUCAUGAACUCGGACGACGAAGAUGAUCACCCCCGCGAGACCAUGUUCUCUGACGACGAAUCUGACGCCGAGGAGCAGCUGACGGCGGCUAACAUCGAGGGACUGUCUCGGAAACUGGAUCUAGAGAAGCAGGCGGAGGCGGAGGAGGCAGAGCAAGAAUUGCAAGAAGCUGCUAUGCAGACCAACAUCGCCGGUGACCGACCGGAUGUUUUCGAGGAAGGUGGUGCCGGGCACGGGUUGGCUCCCGAUCUUCAACUGCUCCGCACAAGAAUCACAGACACCAUCCGAAUCCUGGGUGACCUGAAGACUCUGGGUCAGCCCGGCAAGUCGCGCGCCGAUUACCUUCAGUUGCUUCUGUCCGACAUCUCGACCUACUACGGAUACACCCCGUUCCUCGCGGAAAAGCUUUUCAACCUCUUCACUCCCAUGGAAGCAUUCGCCUUCUUCGAAGCCAACGAAACCCCUCGUCCCGUUGUUAUUCGAACGAACACUUUGCGCACAAACCGUCGGUCGCUGGCACAGGCCCUGAUCAACCGUGGUGUUGUUCUCGAGCCCGUCGGCAAGUGGUCCAAGGUCGGUUUGCAGGUCUUCGAGUCUGCCGUCCCCCUUGGUGCUACUCCCGAAUAUCUGGCUGGCCACUACAUCCUGCAGGCCGCGUCUUCCUUCCUCCCCGUCAUGGCUCUGGCCCCGCAACCCAACGAGCGCGUCCUGGAUAUGGCCUCUGCCCCCGGUGGUAAAACCACCUACAUCUCCGCUCUGAUGCGCAAUACCGGCUGCGUGAUCGCCAACGAUGCCAGCAAGCCCCGUGCCAAGGGUCUGAUCGGUAACAUCCACCGUCUCGGAUGCAAGAACACCGUUGUCACCAACCUAGAUGCCCGUACUGCGUUCCCCAAGGCGCUCGGUGGUUUUGAUCGCGUGCUCCUCGAUGCCCCCUGUACUGGUACCGGCGUUAUCUCCAAGGAUCCCAGCGUGAAGACCUCCAAGAACGAGCGCGACUUCCUCGCCAUCCCCCACAUGCAGCGCCAGCUUCUCCUCGCCGCCAUCGACUCUGUCGACCACUCCUCCAAGACCGGCGGCUACCUCGUCUACUCCACCUGUUCCGUCACCGUCGAAGAGAACGAAGCCGUCGUGCAGUACGUCCUGCGCAAGCGCCCCAACGUCAAGAUCGUCGACACCGGCCUCGGCUCGUUCGGUAGUCCCGGUUUCUCCAACUACAUGGGCAAGCACUUCGAUGCCAAGAUGCCCAUGACCCGCCGCUACUUCCCCCACCGCGAGAACGUCGAUGGUUUCUUCGUCUGCAAGCUCAAGAAGACCGGUCCCAGCCCCGCCGAGACCGCCGCUUCUGCUGAUGGCGCCGCCACCGGUUCCAAGACCUCUGACGCCAAGUCUGCUACCUCGGACGACGAGACCGUCGACAAGACCCCGAUUGCCGACGAGGACGGUAUGGUUGUGGACACCGAGGGCGGAGCCUUCGCUUCCUUCGAAGACGAAGAGGCCGACCAGGAGCGGAUCCUGCGCGCGGAACGCAACCGUCUCCGUCGCAAGGGUCUCAACCCCAAGGGUGUCCUGAACAAACCCAAGAAAUCGAAGCCCGAGUCGAAGCCCGAGUCCUCGACACCCGAAGAAGCACCUAAACCUACCGCCGCCCCAUCCCCCAAGCAAGACGAAAAGUCGAAGGCCAAGAAAACCGAAGAAUCUACCCCCGAGAAGAAGACCAAGAAGCCCGCCGCCGCGGCGCCGAAGCCCGAAUCGAAGCCCAAGGCCGCCGAAAAGCCUUCCAAGAAGCCCGCCGAGAAGAAACCGCAGGAGUCGAGCGAGAAGAAAAAGACUAAGAAGAAGUCAUCUAAAUAG